AUGGCAUUGGUGGACUGGCUGAUACCGCCUUCUUUGAUCGCACUGGUGGUGCUGCUGGCAACCCAUGCCAGCGGUUUCCCGGGAUGCCUCGCCUACCUGCUGCUGUCAACACUCUGCAUUGCACUCUUUCAUGUGCGAUGGAUGCGCCACGGCAGCAUGAACCAAGAGGAGUUCGCCAAAGAAGAAGGGAGGCAGCGAGUGCUUUUCGGCCGCUUUUGCUGCCUGAUCGUCGCCGCCGUCCUGACAUGGAUCCCUUACGAUCUCUGGGGCAUUGCCACCUUUUGCCAGUUCACCUCGUGGACCUGGUUGAACAUGAACCUGUACUUUGCAGUGGCUCUCUUCCGCAGCUUUCGGCAAGGCAUGGGCAGCCUGGAGUACUCAAAGCCGCACCGAGCGACGCUGCUAUGGAUCACUGAGAUCAACGAGACAAAUGCCACAGAAUCCGAGUACCUAGAGCCUGACCCCAUGUACGAUUACUACGAUGAGCUGAUGAACACCAGCAAUACAAGCUACGAAGCUUAUCCAGUGAUGCGGCUGGAGAAGCGUGGUGGCUGGGGUGUUGGAGGUGACAAGCUCUGGGGCAGCGGCCGCGGUGUGGAGGACAUCAACAGUGGCAACGUUGGCUACUACAACGCGGGCAUGCGGGGUGCCCGGAACCGAUGUGGCGGCUCCAGUUGCGCGUUGAUCGUUAACCCCCCCGGUCACCGCAGCAUCGACAAGUUCCACAUCCACUUUGUGCAUUAUCACUCCUACGGAUCCAGCCUCAAGCACCGCCUGGAGAAGAAGGUCUGCGGCCGCAGCGGCUGGCAGAGAGGGGGCCUGCCCUGCCACGGCAAGGCCAUUUUCUCCUCGGGUUUCCCGGGAGUCUUCAGCCUGGCAAUGUCUGGGGGCGGCUUGCGACACGCCUCCGUGAUUGCCUGGCCCGCCUCCUGCGGCGGCAAGGGCACCAUCGUGCAGCUUGCAUAUGGAUGCUCCAUCGAGCACCAGAUCCGAGGCGACUACAACCCCGCAUACCGCUAG